ACUCCGACCCCCGACAGCCAAUGACCGGCCACCUAGCGUCAUCAAUUACCGGAUGGACAUCACAUGAUGCUCGUGUCUCCCCGCGUCUUUCUGCCCGCCGGUUUUAUCGCGUCCCUCGCGACGGGAUCCAGUGACGAUAUAGAUACUAGAUCUCCCCUCGGCUGCAGGCAGCAGAGGCCAAACAGGCAGACACAACAGCCCCACUUGUUCCUUAUUUCGAAUGCAACUUAUCUAAAAGCUUUAUACUUCCCUGUCUUCAUUUCGAUACUACUUUGAAUACUUCAACCCACUCUACCACAACCAGUAUGGCGGACGGUAACCCACAUCGCGAAGAUGAAGCGGCUGAGGAAGAGGAGGAGAUUGAUGAGACUGUACGCACA